AUGGCGACUAUGCUCAUGCAGACUGAGGUCCAGUACCAGGCACCGGUCAUGAUGGUGGCGGCAGUGUCUACGCCGCGCAAGCUGUGGGAGCAUCCAGAUCCGAAGUCUACAGCGAUGUGGAAGUUUAUUCAGGAUGCGAAUGCGAAAAGGGGGUUGCAGAUGCAGACCUUCCGCGACCUCUACAACUGGAGCGUCGGCCCAUCACGCACAGACUUUUGGGAAGACAUGUGGCAAACCAGCAAUCUUAUCUAUUCCGGCAACUACACAACCGUCGUCGAUACUUCGCUACCGAUGGAAACAAAUCCGCACUGGUUUCAGGGCACCUAUCUCAACUUUGCCGAAAACAUCCUCUUCACCGCCGACCCCACCUACCCCGGCGUACGCACGACAACCCACAAGGAAGAAACCAAGAUCGCUCUCACAGAAAUCCGCGAGGGGAACACAGAGAUCCGUCAUCUGACAUGGGGUGACCUACGACGACGAGUUGGUGUCCUCGCGAAUGCGCUGCGGGCUAGAGGAGUCGGAAAGGGGGAUCGUGUCGCUGUCAUCGCGUCAACGAGUUUCGAUACUUUCAUUGCGUUCAUGGCGACGGUUGCUGUUGGCGGUCUUUUCAGCUCAAGCAGUACGGAUAUGGGUGCCAAGGGCAUUCUCGAACGGUUAUUGCAGAUUCGACCCAAGUACGUUUUUGUGGAUGACUGGACGGUAUACAACGGCAAGACCUUCGACCUUCGACCCAAGAUUGAGCAGAUCAUUGCGGGAAUGGAGAGUGGGGGUGUUGCAGAGUUCGAGGGUGUUGUUGUGCAGCCUAGGUUUCCUGGAAGACCCGCCGAUGUCGCACACCUGGCCAGGACGGUGCGGUUGGAUGAGUUUUUGCAAGUGGCCGGAGGAGACAACACAUUGACGUUCGAGCGGGUGGCAUUCAGGGAUCCGUUCCUGAUUGUGUACUCUAGUGGAACGACGGGCGUGCCGAAGUGUAUCGUGCACUCCACAGGUGGCGUUCUCAUCAACGUCGCGAAGGAGAGUAUACUGCACAAGGAGAUGACGCCUGAAAGCGUCGUUCUACAGUACACAACCACCGGCUGGAUAAUGUACGUCGUCUCAGUCCAAGUCUGCCUCUUCGGCACCCGCUCCAUCCUCUACGACGGCUCGCCCUUCCAACCCACCCCCGAGACCUUCCUCUCCAUCCUCGAAGAACAAGGCGUAACCGACUUCGGCACCUCCCCCAAAUUCCUUCACGAGCUGCAAAAACGUAACAUCACCCCCCGUACCCUCUUCCCCUUCAAGUCCCUCAAAAGCGUAGCAACAACCGGCAUGGUCCUCCCCGAAGCGCAAUUCGAAUGGUUCUACGACACCGGUUUCCCCGCUCACGUCCACCUCCGUAACAUCUCCGGCGGCACCGACAUCGCAGGGCGCUUCGGUAUCGAAAACCCGUUGGAGCCCGUGUACAGUGGCGGUUGUCAGGGCCCGUGCCUAGGCAUGAAAGUCCAAGUCUACGACUCCCUCAUCGAAUCUGGACCUGGGUACGCAGUACCAGAUGGCGAACCAGGUGAACUCGUGGCUACGGCGUCCUUCCCCAACCAGCCUGUUUACUUCUACGGCGACGACGCGGCAGGCACACGCUACCAAUCUGCGUACUUUACCCGUUUCCCUGGUGUGUGGACACACGGCGAUUUCAUCCAGAUGCAUCCCAUCACGGGUCAGAUCCUCUUCCUCGGCCGCGCAGACGGCGUGCUGAACCCCAGUGGUGUGCGAUUUGGCUCUGCGGAUAUCUACAGCGUUAUCGAGACGCACUUUCCGGAGAUUGCAGAUAGCAUCUGUGUUGGGCAACGGAGGCCUGGUGAUGCGGAUGAGAGUGUCAUGCUGUUCCUGAAAAUGAACAAAGGGUACGAGUAUACGGAUGGGUUGGUGGAUAGGGUCAAGAGGAAGAUUGCUGAGGAGAGGAGUCGGAGACAUGUUCCGCGGUUUGUGUUUCAGACUUGGGAUAUUCCGACCACAGUGAACCUGAAGAAAGUCGAAUUACCCGUCAAGCAAAUCGUCUCCGGCAAGAAGAUCAAGCCGAGUGGGACGUUGGCAAAUCCAGAGAGUCUGAAGUUCUACGAGCAGUUUGCGGAUGUCGAGGAGGUGGUCAGGAGGAUGGCAAUUGAGAGGUUGUCGAUGGAGAGGAGGAGAUGGAGAAGUAGUACGUUGUAG